GGAACAUCUCGCUGUCAUACAGCGGUGCUGAACGGCACGGGGAGCGAGCAGAGCGCGCGGUACCGUGGUCGGUGUUUAGUGAAGUCGACGAUAUGACACAGCGGCGCGACACGCACGCGGGAUGUCACCAGUUUAAAACACAAAAAUAAUGCAUCAUAAUAUUCAGAUGGGAAAAUAACUAGUUUCAGUUAUCGAGCCAUCGCGGUUUGUAGAAUUAUUAUUGGAUACAACUGCAGCCCAACAAGUGGACGUGGACUUGGAGCGUCUCGAGCCGUGAUGGAGGAGCCGCGGGACGCUAACAGUCCGGAUAGCAGCGGAGCAGAGAGCCCCUCUCCCAGCCUCCCUUCGCCGCCGAUCCUGCCGCUCCAGGCCGCCCAGCAGGCCCACAGGACCACCAACUUCUUCAUCGACAACAUCUUGAGGCCGGACUUCGGCUGCAAGAAGGAGCUCGCGAGGGAACGGGCUCAGAGCUCGAGCCGGGAACGGGGGGGUCUCCCGGUGGUCCGACCCACCCACCCGGGCACGCCUUGCCAGGACUCCAACUGCAGCAGUGACAGCACCUCGUCGUCCUCCGCUGCCUCGUCCCUCGCGCUGUCGCCAAGCCCCAAGAAGAGCUCGAGCUCCGCGGCGGAGGACGGCUCGGGUGGCGGGGGGGGCGGCGCGAAGUUCGGGGACACAACGUCCUCCUCCUCGGUGGUCCUGAACGGGACCGGCGGCAGCACGACCCCCACGCCCGAGACGCAGCCGCUGCUGUGGCCCGCGUGGGUCUACUGCACGCGCUACUCGGACAGGCCGUCAUCUGGUCCAAGGACACGGAAAUUGAAAAAGACGAAAAACGAGAAGGAGGACAAGCGACCCCGGACGGCGUUCACGGCCGAGCAGCUGCAGCGGCUGAAGACCGAGUUCCAGGCCAACCGCUACAUCACGGAGCAGAGGAGGCAGUCUCUGGCCCAGGAGCUCAGCCUCAACGAGUCGCAGAUCAAGAUCUGGUUCCAGAACAAGAGAGCUAAAAUUAAAAAGGCGAGCGGCUUCAAGAACGGCCUGGCGCUCCAACUCAUGGCGCAAGGAUUAUACAACCACUCCACGACCACCAUUCAGGAAGACAAGGAGGAGAGCGACUAGUUUGUUUAUCUGACAAUGAUACAAGAAUCCCAGCCCUUGAAAUCACAUUGUAUGAACAGUAGAAGUACUGCGGGCCUAUAGUGAUCAUCCGGGUUGCUGUUAUGAAGAGGUUUCCGUUCAUUAGGCCUCGACUCGCGUGGACUUCAAUUAGGUGUGAAUUGGGUAAAACGUCUGCCCAUAGGCGACCGCACACGCGCGGCGCGGUGGAAGAUCCCUCGCCAAUUAUGGGACUGUGUACAUUGUAUAUAUCUAAUUUAAUUAACAGUAUGGGAGGGACGUCUCACGCCAUACUACCUUUGAAAAAAGGGUUGAAUAUCUUAUAGGUCUACUGUUUCGUGAACUCGUGAACAAACUGACUAAUGGGACUUGUGUGACCUGACACCACAAACCAAAGAUUUUAUUGGAAAACAAAGCCUGGAAAAAAGGACCUUUUGAUGAUCUCGU